AUGCAACAACAACAACAACCACCACCCAACCAAUUUAGCCCUAAUGGGCAAUCAGAAGAUAAUGAAGUUCUUGAUGAUUUUUCUUUCGUUUGUCUAAAUCCCGAUGGCUCCCCUAUCCGUGCCGAAGACGCCUUCCUCAACGGCCAGAUUCGCCCUGUAUUUCCCCUCUUUGAUCAACGGAUUUUAUCCGACGAUGUCAACGGAACGACGUCUCAGCUGAAGAACCUAUUCGUGGAAGAAUUCACUGAGAGUCCUCAGACUAGGGCGGCGGCGCCGGUGCUAGGGAAGAAGAGCUAUUCGACGGGGUUUUCGAAGCUGUGGCGGUUCGGGGAUAAGAUUCGGCGGAGCAGUAGUGAAGGGAAGGAGGAGGCGUUUCUGUUUUUGAGAAGUGCUUCGUCGGGAAGCGGACAGAAGGCGGAGAAGGAGAAGGAGAAGAAGAAGAAGAAGAAGAAGGGGGAAACGGCGUCGUAUUAUCACGAACGGCAUUACGCGAGGAAUAGAGCGGAAAAUGAAGUGAAUAAACGGAAAUCGUAUCUGCCGUACAGAAGUAAUUUAAUGGGAUUCUUCACUGCUCCUAAUGGUUUGAACAGAAAUUUUUGA